AUGCCCGAAGUUGCCGAGCGAUGCCUAAUUUUAUCCAAUGAUCGUUCCUUGCUGCAACGAUUUUGUACAUUACGAGAUACUUUAGGCAUGACCAUUGCUCAAAUUAUGUUUCUUGUGGACAUCAAAGCAUUUGGAAAUAUGUUUGAAGAUGAAGUUGAUCCUGUUCAACAUGAAGUUGUCUUGGGCGAAAAUUGUAAUGAAACUAAAAUGGAUUUUAUUGGCUAUACGUCAGGUAAUAGUAUAUAUAUACCAAAACUCUUUCAACAUCUUCGUUUCGCCAAACAAAUUAAUCUACCAAAAAACGAUGCACAAAUAGCAGCAGCUGUUAUGUUUUGCAGACGGCAUGGUUUAUCAACAGAACAAAUUGCAUCGAUCUGUCGUUAUUUUUCUCCUGGUUGUUGCAUUCGAUCUCGAACAUUGAUCAAAUAUUUUUUUCGAUUAUGGUCACCUGAAUCACCACCGUUCUAUAGACAUGUCAAUCAAGCACUCUCUGAAUGUAAUGUUGAAGAUGCACAUCUUCUACGUUUCAUUUUAUAUGAUUAUUUUGAAAUGUUUUUUGAUAAAUCAUUACCGUAUUUUUGUGGUAUGCUCUAUCGUGGAAUUCAUACAACAGAAGAGAACAUGGUGUCACUUAUGGACCGUGUCGGUGAACAAAUUUAUUUUGUUUGUUUCACUUCGACAUAA